AUGGAGCUUGUGAGGGUCGAGAGCGGCUGUGUGCCUGGAGCCUUGCUAGCAAUCCGGCAUUUCAUCUCCAAGGAAGUUAUCCCAGAGAGAAGUAAAGCAAGUGUGUUCUGCGUCUUGCUCGUGUGGGUCUGGAUUUUUACGUCAUUGGCUUACCGACCUAGUGCUGGAUUUCACCAAUACUCAGCUGACGAACUUCUCCGUCUCCGCUUUCACCUGGCUUCUCCACCGCCGGCUGCGCUUCAUCUUCACACAGACAUCGCCUUCCUCCCUCGCCGAAAGUACAUUCACCGGGGCUCUCGUCGGUAUUUUCACCAUGACGACUCUAAGCCAAUACAGUCCCUCUGGUCCACUUCUCGUCGUCCUCCACGGAACUCCGACAGGGCUGCUGACCACAGUGUUUUAGCCAGCCUGCCCAGGUCGGCUAACACCUCGGACCAGUCUGACAACACCGAUGUCAACUUCGGCCUCCUUAACAUCCGCUCGCUUACGAGCAAGGGUCAUCUAAUUCGGGAUCUACUCACAGAUCGUAAGUUUGACUUUUUCUGUUUGACCGAGACGUGGCAACAGCCCAAUGACUUUUCGUCGCUCAACGACUCCACCCCCCAGGGGUUUGUUUACACCUGUCAACCUCGUAAGUCCGGCCGUGGUGGAGGUCUCGCGGUAAUCUAUCGCGAGAACUGGAAAGUCACGCCGUUGUCUGUACCUGUCUACAGUUCCUUUGAAUCCAUUGUUUGUCAACUGUCAGGACCUGUUCCAACUGUCAUAGCUGUUAUUUACCGCCCUCCAAAGUCUAAUUCUGUCUUCAUAAGUGACUUUGUUGAUCUGCUGACUCACAUAGCUACUGUUUCCCCUAAUAUCAUACUCUUGGGAGACUUUAAUAUUCAUAUGGAUAACAGUGAUCAUCCUCUCACCAAAGACUUCUCAUCCUCCCUCGAUAGUUUUGGCUUUAAACAACACAUAAACUUUCCUACUCAUACUAAGGGCCAUACUUUGGACCUAGUUUGUUGCUCUGGACUUACUCCUUUUAACUGCAAAGCUGAUGAACUGCUAAUUUCUGACCACUUGCUUCUUUCUUUCAAUAUCAAAAUGACCUUUUCUAUAACCAAGAACCUUCGUACCAUUUCUUUUCGGAAUAUUAAGAAAAUCAAUCCUGCUACUCUUUCUUUUGCUUUCUCUAGUCAUUUGCAUUUUCAUAACCUGCUCACCCAAGAGGACUUAGUUUCCUAUUAUAACUCUAGUCUCAAUAGUAUUCUAAACUCUGUUGCCCCACUCAAAACCAAAUCUGUAUCUUUCUCUCAGUCAGCACCCUGGUUUACAGCUGAACUGAGGCUCCUGAAAGCAAAAGGAUGACGACUUGAACGCCUUUAUAAGAAAACUGGUCUGAAUAUCCACAAGGAAAUGUUUAAUAAUCAUAUUAUGUAUUAUAAGGAGUGUAUUUAUCAAACAAAAUCUGCUUACUACUC